AUGUGUGGUGGACCAAAUAAAUGGUAUAUUUUUUUGAUCGGGUUGGUUAAUAUUAAUAAUAAUAAUAAUAAUAAUAAUAAUAAUAAUAAUAAUAAUAAUAAUAAUAAUAAUAAUAAUAAUAAUAAUAAUAAUAAUAAUAAUAAUAAUAAUAAUAAUAAUAAUAAUAAUAAUAAUAAUAAUAAUAAUAAUAAUAAUAAUAAUAAUAAUAAUAAUAAUAAAAGGUUUUUCUUUUUUGGGUGA